CCAAAUCAAAGAAAAAAAAAUACAAACAACAACAUGCCUAAGAACCUCCAAAAAUCCCUACAAGAAUACCUCUCCAAGAUCAAAAAACAAACUCCACACCUACAAUUUUCUCAUAGUUCCCUCUCCUCCACCACUAGCAAGAUCUUAUCAGGGUGCAAGCACCCCAAGAGCCUCUCGUUUAACGGCGAUCGCAAGUCUCGAAAGAAUUAUCAAGAUAAUCACAACCACAAUAAUGAGACAGCGGCCACCUUAGAAGACAUCGAUAAAUUCCUUAUCGAGAAUUUUAAGUCAUUGUACACUCAAGACCAUGAUAAUAACAACCAUAACAAUAUUGAUUACGAAUUUACUCGUAAUAGUAAACAGAAAGGAAAAGCUCAAGAGUAUCAACUAGGCCCAAAAGAUGAUAUUACUCUUAAGGGAGUAGGGAUACUAUUUGACUCCCCGAGAUUCUUUACUCCCCCUUCUGACCUUUGUGGGUUCCAUCGUUUUUUUACCUCCCCAGUCUCCUCAAGCUCGUUAAUCGAGGAGGCGAGGAUGAGUCAUGUGGGGACCACAUCAACCUCCGAGGACGGCGGGUCCACUUCAGCCUCCACGGUGGACACCCGGGCCCACCCCGACGACUUUGUUAAGGAUGACACGUUGGUGAUUCCGGGAGGAAUAGAAGAUUGCAUUGCACUCCUAACAGUGUCACCAAGUCCAUAUCAAGAUUUUAGGAGGUCCAUGCAAGAAAUAUUAGAAGCAAGGAUUAACAACAAUCAAAGGGUAGAUUGGGAUUUCUUAGAAGAACUAUUAUUUUGUUACUUAAGGUUGAAUGAGAAAAAACAAUAUAGGUACAUUCUUAGUGCAUUUGUGGAUUUAAUUGUGGUUUUGCGUCAAAAUUCGAGCAAUAGAGGGCCGGAUAGGCCACGGAGCUAGUUAAGAAGCACCAACAAUAACCCAAAAAAUUAAGACAAUUUGCUUUCUCAUUAAUCGAAAUCAAUUCAUGUGGAAUGUUAUGGGGAUAAACGUUGCAAUGAAUUUCAAAUAAUCUUGUAUUUCCUUGAUUUAAGCAUUGCUUAAUACUCCAUUAAC